AUGUCCUUGAUCGCGUGCGCGGUACUCAUCACUAUCAUCUCCCCCUGUACUGUGGCGACGAUUGGCGCUAGGGUGCGGGAGAACGCGACGUAUACGCGACAUAUUAUAACGUCGACGGCGACUGUUCUUCCGCCUUUGAAUCAGCUCGCACAGAACCAGCAACGGUACCAGCAGGUACCCGAUUUCCAGCCUCUCCCUCCGAGGAUGGUUGCUGGGCCAGUCCCACCUCCGAAUCAGUAUUAUUUUCAACAACCGGGGCAGGCCCAGUUCUAUCCUCUACAGCAACCGCAACAACCACAGCAGCAGCAGCAGCAGCAACAGGCGUAUCAGCAGCAGCAGCAGCAGCCGGCGUAUCAGCAGCAGCAGCAGCAGCAGCCGGCGUAUCAACAGCAGCAACAGCAGCAAUUCUACCCCCAACCGCAAUGGCAAGGCCAAAGGCAAAUUCAUAGGCCGAGGCAAGGUCCGCAGCAUCCAUACGCGCGACCACCUCCUCCGUAUCAACAACAAGCAGGGCCGGGGCCAGGUGUAGACGCAGGGUACGCGCAAUAUGCUGGUAAUGUUGCGGCACCAGCGGUGAUGAAUCCAGCACCCGAUGAAAUUCAGCCUGCUGCUGGAGGUCAGGCCGCCUUGGGGAAAGAGAAUGAGGCUCCGUGGUUCGAUGAUUAUGCUGAGGUUCCUGUUCAGGUGGCUUGUGGCAACCCUGCCCAUAAUCAUGUCCAGAACGAACAGAACCAAAAUGUGGCCGCCAUGGAAGAAGGUGAGAUCGUGAAGAAAGAAGAAGAAGAAGGCGGUGUAGAUCUUCACGGCCCGUUUGCUGAGCAUGCGCAUGCGCAAGUGCAACAAAAUAAUGCCAACACAGGACCCAUUCGUGUGCCCGAAGCGAAUCCCACUACGUAUGUUAAUGGGAUGCCUUAUGUCAAUCUCGGCGGAUAUUACAUGCCUCUCGAAAAUCCAGGGACGGUUUAG